GCGAGUUUUCCGACAUUAUGAGUAUUGCUCAUUCUUCGUCUCUCAAAUCUUGUGAAGAAUCCCCUUCUAAAAGAUUUAUGCUCUUCGUCUUUUUCAAAUCCAAAUUGCCACCCUUUUCUUCUAACCCUAAUGCGCUUGCGAAUUUUAUUUAAAGUCAGGCAAAAAUUUACUCAGAAUCUGUCAACUUCUGGUUGAGAAUUAAUCCCAGAUUUCCUUCUUUGCAAGAAAAUUCCGAUUCAAAAGGGCAGGAUGCAUUUCAAUCUAUAAAACCCUCUCAUGAGCGAUUAGGGCGAAUCCUGAUCUUGUAAAGAGAAGGCUUGUAUUGAAUUUCAAUUGCUUGAAUAAUUUUCAGUAAAGAUUUGUAAAAGGGAUCGAUGCAGAGGAAAAGAUCACAGGGGAUAGCAUAACUAAACUUUCUUCAAGCUUGGAGCCAUUUCCAUUAUCCCCUUCCUGGUGAGCAUUAAACUUUCUUCAACGAAUUAAAAUUGGUCACCGAGGGUUACAUUUAUUACUUAAAGAGAUAUGGAGAAGUUGCAGAGCGUCAUGAAGGGAAUUGAAGAAAGCAAUAAAAUAAAUAGCAGUAACAAAGGGAAUGAUAAAAAUAAUAAUGGCGAAGGGCAGAGUGCACUGAGGAAAGGGCCAUGGAUGGCAGAAGAAGAUGAUAUUUUGGUGGAAUAUGUGAGGAAGUAUGGGCCGCGCGAUUGGAGUUCGAUUCGCACCAAGGGUUUAUUGCCUCGCACCGGUAAAUCCUGCCGCCUCCGAUGGGUUAACAAGCUCAAACCAGAUCUCAAAAGAUCCAAAUUCUCACUUGAGGAAGAAAAAAUAGUAGUUGAAAUGCAAGAAAAUUUGGGAAAUAAAUGGGCAAAGAUUGCAUCCUAUCUUCCUGGCCGAACUGACAAUGAUGUGAAGAACUUUUGGAGCACUCGCCAAAAGCGCAUAUUACGAUCCUUACAACAUCUAGAGCCACAAACUGAAGGUGUUAUCCAUCUAUCAAGUUUAGAUUAUUUAUCAGACUUUUCUAACCUUAAGGUUGAAGUGCCUACACCUCUACAAGCAAUUCCUUUUGAAGCAACAACCCCUUUGCAUUCAUUUUCAAAUGAGAUGUGUUCAAGUGACAUAGAUGACAUGGUUAUGGUUAAAUCACCUGAUUUAGUUGAAAGUGAUCCACUUUUAAUGGAUACAGAAUUGGAAAGUUUUCAAAAAGUAAUGUCUGAUGAUAAUAGGCAAGGAUCUAUAAUGUCACCAGCACUGAGCAAUAAUAUUAUAAGGAGCCCAAAAAUCAAGCAAAAGAGGCUUCAAAAACAUCAUAUAGCCGAUCUAUCGUUUACCAAGAGGCAACAAAAGCACAAGUUAAGCAUAGCAGUAGCUAGCUUCAAAACUGAGGUCUCUGAGGCCAAACUCUUGCCUGACAUUCCUUCAACUAGCUUUGAUCAAUCAAAUGGUAGCCAUGAUUUGGGAAUUGAUUUAUACAUUGACCCUAAUGACACCAAUAUUCUUGAUGUUCUUCUACAACCUAAUAAGAAAAAUACAUUUUGCAACUCCCAACUUCCACAAUCAUCUUCUCUUAAUGUGAAAGAUGAAGAUUCAUCUACUCCAAAUAGUGUUCUUGCAGGAUUUCCAGCUGAUUUAUUUGAUUCAUUAGAGCCACUGACAUUAUCUCCAUCUACUAUAGAUUGGUGGGAUUCCAGGUUUUGUGAGGAAAGGAAUGUGUGGGCCAUCUCUAAAGAGAUUUCUUGUGAGUUUGAAAGGAAAUGGAAUUUUUCAUAA